AUGGCAUUGACUAAUCAGGACUUUGUUUGUUAUCGACGUUCUGCAAUCGACAAAGCCUCUUCCAACAUUGUUGUACCACCUUUGGUUCCAGUUCCCAUUGGCAAUGUGCCCAAACCUCGAUCAGCUGCCGAGGAAUUCCAGCGUGGGAUAAAACGGGACAAAGCGCAUUACCCCGUUCUCAAGGACGACAGAUACUGGGAUAAUUUUUACCGUUCUUUCGUAGUCACCGCCGUUUCGCAUAACGUCGAGAAAGUCCUCGAUCCGAGUUAUGUACCAACGAAUCCCGCCGACAGCUCCCUUUUUGAAGAGCAAAAGAAGUUUGUGUAUUCCGCCUUGGAACAUACAUUGCAGACCGAUAUGGGCAAGAACCUUGUCCGCGAGCACAGUUUUGAUUUUGAUGCACAGGAAGUUUUCCGUAAGGUAGUCAAACACUAUACGGAAUCCGCCAGUGCACGAAUCGGUUCAUCGACAACGUUAGGAUAUCUCACCACGGCGAAAUACGGAUCCUCCUGGACAGGCACCGCCGAAGGUUUUAUACUACACUGGAAAAACCAUUUACGUAUUUACAACAAUACUGUUCCAACCGACGAACAGUUACCAAAACAACUGUGCCUUAGCCUCCUAGAGAAUGCUGUACAUGACGUACCCGAACUCCGGCAGGUCAAAAUUACGGCAACUCUAGAUUUAGCUAAAGGUGGUGCACCUAUUAGUUACAAAGGUUAUCUCAGCCUCCUCCUUGCCUCAGCAUCUAUCUACAAUAAAGGAAACAACCUUACAAAUUCUCGUGGUACCAAGUCCAAAUGUAGUAUUUACUCUACUGACUUACAAUACAACCUAGUGGACUUUGAUGAUGACAAUGGCCUUGACUAUGAUAUUGACCUGUCUCCCGCCACCAUCUAUGACGCUAAUGUCCAUUCUCGUAAUGGCACAACGCAAUCCCGUCGUCGCACUUCCAACACUCCUCGCGAAAGGCCAUACAUACCUCGAGAAAUGUGGAAUCAGUUAGCCGACGACGCUAAAGCCAUCCUUCAAGGACUUGCUGCACCGUCCAAGAACCCAGAUUCAACUGGGCCCUCUAGUACACAUGGUCUCCAGGUCAAUACCCAUGCGCAAGCCACUGACAGUACCACGCAUUCAGACCCGCUUUCAUCGGUGCAUGACACAUUUCAUGAUUGUGCCCCAGAAACUGAGCUCUUGGCCCACUUAACGGAUAGAGUUGGUUGCAUGAACCAUGGCAACAUACGCAAGAUACUUGCUGCUUCCCGUGAUCCCUCCUCACAUGAUCCAGAACCUAAAGCAUUUUCUUCCCAUGUCUUACAAUACCAAGUCUCUUGGCAUUCCAUAAAAAAUACGACUGCAGCCCUUGUUGAUCGUGGUGCCAAUGGCGGCCUUGCCGGAAGUGAUGUCAAGGUGCUAUUCAAGACUGGACGGUCUGNCAACAUCACUGGCAUCAAUGACCACACUCUGUCCAACCUGGACAUUGUUACUGCAGCUGGACUUGUCGAGUCCCCACAUGGGCUAUCAUUCUCAUUUUGCAUCAAUAUGCCUGUCUUGGAAGAGGGAAGACCAUCCAUUCUAGUGCUCAACUUGAGCAUUACCAUAAUAAAGUGGAAGAUUGCUCUCGUGUCGUUGGGGGUCAACAGCGCACCAUUGACCUUGUCACCAAUUGGUAUGAUCCUGUACAAGAUCUUCCCACUCCACCUUACAUUGAGCCACGCUUUGAUGCCAUGGGUCAAUACCUCCAUUGUCAUGUCGCGUCCAGUACCCUCUCCUCACAUGAUGCCAUUGACCACCUUCUCCAAUGUCGUCAACAUGACGUUCAACGUAAUCACCAUGAUUACGAAGCCCUACGACCGUGCUUCGGCUGGGUUUCCGUGGAUACUGUUCGUAAAACUAUUCUGGCCACCACGCAACACGCUCGUGAAGUCUAUCAUGCACCACUAA